AUGACAAUGUACGAAGACUACGCUGAUCAGACAGAGACAAUGACAAAGACAUUUACAGACGACCACAGGACACCGGUAAUCAUGACGGACUUGAUACACAUUCGAAUCUCCAUCAUAUCGGGACCCUUAGGGAAAAAACUUACCUUGGGGUCCCUCCUCAACAACUCCUUCGCCGCCCUACUGCUCUGCUCUACCAUUUCGUUUGGCUACCACCACCUGAGAGCCAAAAGCCGCGCAGAGCCAGGAGUUAACACCGACGUAGAGCAAGCGGGUCCCCGAGACGGUGACCACUUAAGAGAGGGAGGAGUUAACACAAGCAGUUCUCACGGAGUGAGACUGCCGAAUUGCAAGCCGUAUCCGGUGGCCUGCACGCGCAGCGAAGAAAUUGCUGAUCGCGCAUUCCAAGGACAAUUGCCCGGAGUCCGCCCGAAACACUCGCGGAGCGGGUGAUCGGCCGGAUAGAGGAGUGCUGACCUAGCGCUCUGCCAAUAGCGCUGCAACGAACCGGAGGCCUGGAGUUGCAGCGAGUUUAGGUUUUUAAUCAGUUAUAAAUCAUACUCCGUGGCUUACGCCUCGUAUUAUAAACCUACAUAAAAUAUAUUUAGACCCUCGCCCUAACGGGAGAGUGGUAAUAAAUAAAUCAACUUAAAACGACUUAUAAUUGUCGCCCAACGGCACGAACCCGCCGAGAAGGUCUAAUUGGGGAUAUAAAAAACCUCAAAGUGCAAAAUCUAAAACAAAGCUCUUAACAGAGUUGGACAAAUUGAUAAUAAAAAAACUGAAACGGGAAGAAUUUCCCUAAAGCAACGAAAGCGGCAGCGACGACAGCGGCAGCGACGACAGCGACAGCGACGACAGCGACAGCGACGACAGUACCUGUGGCAAAAAGCCGUCGGCAAAUCACAAAA